CGGCCAUGGUUUCCAGCCGGUCGAAGAGACGCCAUCAUUACCGGCCUUGGAGCUAUUGAGACCCAUUCCAAAAGCUCCGCUUUGAACGCCUAAGCUUCUCUUGACUACUUCUUCUUUACCUCUUCUGGUCGUCUAAACUACGUCGUGUCUCAGUUCUAUCGAACGCCCAAGACUGCACGUCCACCUCUACCCGUACUAAGCUGUUCACUAUAAUGUCCGAGUCUCCGCCGCCCCCACCGUCUUGGAGUAUCACCAGCAUGGCCAACAAUGCGGUUCAUUUCCUUAGGCUACCAGUGUUGGCAUCGUCUGGUUUGGCGGUUGUUGCAAGUGGUCUGUUGUAUUUUAAACAAAAUGAGCUGAUCUAUCCUCGUAAUGUCCCUACCGAUGCCCGCACCAACGUUCCCAAACCCCGACAGUUUGGGAUUACCGACUAUGAAGAUCUCCAGAUUCCUACGCCGGACGGGGAGUCAUUACAUGCCCUCUUCAUUCGCCCCUCUAACAAGGGUCUUGCUCGGGAUGUUACUAUCUUGAUGUUCCAUGGAAAUGCGGGUAAUAUUGGCCAUCGAAUUCCCAUCGCAAGGGUCCUACAAGAUAUGCUAGGAUGCAAUGUGUUUAUGGUGGAGUAUCGCGGCUACGGACUCUCGACAGGUGUCCCGGACGAGGCAGGAUUGAAAAUUGAUGCGCAAACUGGACUCGACUAUAUUCGACAGCGAGCGGAGACUAGGAACACUAAGGUUGUAGUCUAUGGGCAAAGUCUGGGAGGAGCAGUCGCGAUAAAUCUUGUUGCGGAAAACCAAGACCAGGGUGAUAUUAGGGGCCUGAUCCUUGAAAAUACCUUCUUGAGUAUCCGCAAGCUGAUUCCAAGCGUUUUCCCUCCUGCCCGAUACCUUGCUCGUUUUUGUCACCAGUAUUGGAUUAGCGAAGAGAUCCUACCUAAAAUUAACAAAAUUCCCGUUUUAUUCCUUAGCGGAUUGAAGGACGAGAUUAUACCCCCUUCAAACAUGACACAACUCUUUGCUAUUUGUCAAUCAGAACACAAAGUAUGGCGCACUUUGCCGAACGGUGGCCACAAUGACAGCGUCGCCGAACCAGGCUACUUCGAUCAUAUUCAUUCCUUUAUUAAGGAAGAAGUCGUCGAUCACGACCGAUAGAAGUUUGUUUCCUGCAUGGAUGACACGCCAUCUUACAUCAACUUCCAGUAUGCAGCUUUGGCAUCUUCUACUUUACACAACCACAUUACCUCUCCGUCUUCUAAUAUUCAGAGCUUUCCUCAUAAUGGAACUCCGGGAGUCUACUCUACGAUCCAAAGGUGACUUCAGACCUCAGUGCUGUCCUGUUACCAUAAUAGAAUUACGAUCUAGUUGUUCCGCCAAACGUCCCUCCCCUUGACUUGCCUAUUUCAGCCUCAUGUUCAUACCUCAGCCUUGCUUUUUUUGCAUUCUGCAGGCCGAUGUGUUUGCUUUAGGCUUUGAUGCAUUGUAUUCAUACGGGUUAUGUUUCGGCGAAAUUUCAUGCGCUUACGAUGUUGUCUUGUCUCUGGAUUUUAUACGGGCAUUAUAUCCUAUCCAGCUUUGAUUUUGCUGGGCGAUUGGUUUAGAAAGUUGACUGUCUGACUGUUUCCAAACUACAGGGUCUGGUCAACGGCCCCAAGAAUGCCCAAUUUGCUAUUUUCUCUGUUUAUUUGGCUUUAUUCUUUGAUACACAAUUUUUCUAGACUCUGUUGCUCUUUCUAAUAAAUCUACCUCAACCUGAAUAGGCUGCCAUUGUUUUUAUCUAUUUGAUUUAUUUUUUAAGAUUCCGCCGUAGCGGUACGGC